GUUCCAAAAAUAAACAAGUUGUUAAUUUCCUAUUUGUGUUAAUGUUGUUUCUUGCAUAAAAUACGUGACAAGCUUUCUGCUGCCUGACAGAUUAUGUUUUGUGAAAAUCUGUUUGUGUUGAUAUGCUGUAGUUAGAAACAUGAAGAGUGUUCUGGUUGUAAACCGCAUUAAUGAUGUGCUCUUCGUCGACUGUGAUAACGAUUUCGCGGUGUAUGUAAACAAGCAAGGUGAAAACUGUUACCAACAAGAUGGUGGUGGUGAUAAUAUCACAGCCGAGACUGAACAAGUCCAACAAGUCGUUCAAGUGGACACCAGUCUCAUUAUGCAGCUCUUCUCUCCACUGGUUCUCUCAAACUGGGGCCUCAUUGAACAAACCAAGAAUCCGUGUUCCUCCGUCACUUGUGAAAAUGGAUUUGUGUUUGUUUUUAGACAGGUGGAUGAGCUGCUGUUUAUUGCUAUCUGUGGGGAUGGGACAGAAACUGAAGAGUUCCUGCACAGAAAACUACAAAUCUUCUACCGUCUCAUCGGAUUCCUGUUUGGCCCUGUCACUGAUGAAAUUGGUCAUUCUCGUUUUAAAGAUAAAACAGAAAGGUGGAAUUUUCUGAGAAGACUUUUGGACACAUGGGAUAAGCUUUAUAAUGAGGAACAGUCCUUCCUAGUGGAGGCUCUGGAGAGACUGCUAGUGAACCAGUUGGUUAAUGAGAAAUGCAUCACCUUAUUGGAAGGGAUGAUGGCAGAAAUGAAAAAACUUCCCGAAAACUUGGCGAAACAUGCUCUUCUUCUCGUCAACUGUAAACUUCUGGCUCUCUAUUCAGAUGAGAAUGCCUCUGAGUUGCAGCCAGCAGACAUCCUGUACAUUAUUUUGCUGGUGCAGGACAUCUUCCCUCCUGAAGUGCACCUGGAGGACAUGCUGUCUUACUCGUACUGUCAGACGUCUCACCCAUCUGGACGGACUAGCUCGUGCAUCCCAUCCACAGCCAGACUCGUGAAUCCACGCAGCGAUCCAGAAAGUGACUUGGAUGAAGAAACUGACUACCACAGUGCUCAAACAACCCCAAGGACAACUCCUCUAAGGUCAAGGACACCAGUAUAUAACACAGAUGAGGUUGAUGAACUUCACAGAGCUGACCAUUCGGCUAGUGAAACGUCUCGGAGUAGUUCAUCUAUUUUGAACACAGCUGGUUCUUCUUACCCAGACGUUUCUGCACAAGGUGAUGCGAACGAGGCGUUUUUCACUGCCAUGCCAGACGACUCAUCAGGGAGGGUUUCUGCAGACAGUCAGUCCAGUCGUUCCCACAGUAGUCAAGGUACACAUUCCAAUGUUGAAAUAAGUUCCACUUCCAGAGACAACCUGACAUCAAGUACGCUGGCAACGCGAACUACUUUGAAGCAAGACUACUGGUGUCAGAUGACUUUCCUUCGAACUACAGCGUGUCCCUUUUCACCACACCAGCUUCACUGCACUCGUGUUUUACCUGGAGUGAUGCUUGUCACUGUAGUCGAGGCCAACAGAAACACUGCGGCCACUCCUCUCUGUCAGGUGUUCGUAAUCAUCAAAGAUCUUCUGUCAGCGAGGAAGGAUAAGCUCAGCCACCAGCAGGGACUUCAUCUUUAUGAUGUCAUGAACUCACUGCUGUCCAAAGUCAUGUCAGCUUUGAAGAAAGUCCGGGGUGAUGUCAAACGGAUUGUGUCGGAUGUGCGGAAACGGUGGGAAAAUGAAACCUUUAAACGUAGCCUUCUUCAUUAUCUAGAAGAGGUAGCUGGCGCAGAACUGCCCACCGGACUGGAGACAGCUUUACUAGGCUUGCAUAAGAAACUGAAGGAGCUGUUUUCAUACCUGUAUCUGUCUCCCCAAGAUGUGAAUGUCAAAGUGCAGAGAGUCAUAGUCAGCAUGAGUGAACAGAUGAGCCAGGAACUCGGUGACUACAGGAUGUACCUGUCGGUUAAAGCUCAGAGAAAUAUUCCCAUGACAUCAUACCUUAAUGAAUUCCCUGGCUUGAUUCACUUCAUGUACACAGACAGACAGUUACACCAGCUGACAGCCCCGUCAUUCAAUAUCACGUGUGAGGAGGGCAGGAAAGAUGCAACACAGUACCUCAAAGAAAAGGUGUGGCGUAUGUCCGAGCUCCUGAAGCAUAAACUGUCUGAAGGUUACACGUCAGUUAUUCUUCGAGAUGGUGACUACUACUACUCACAUUUCCUCUGGUUUGAAGACAAUGUGGGUAACCCACUGUCAGUCCAACAGCCUUUUAAACCCAGCAGUGACUUUCCUCCUUCUGGCAUCCUAAUAGACUCAUUUUACAGACAGCUGAUUCGACACUGUUUUCCCAAUGCCAUCCAGGACUCUGUCCACUGCUAUGAGCUCUUUAUGAUGCAUAUUGGACUUGUUCACCCACAAUUCAUUGCGGCCCACUGUCGGCAACUUGCCAAAAACUUGUGGGAAAUGUCUGGCAAAGCAUUCACACCUAUAAGUCUCUUGUGAACAUUUUCAAAUUAGUUCUGCUGAUCCAGUUACAUUUUAAAAUAUUGAUAUUAAUUUAGUCCCCUUCCUGUCCAACCGGAGGGGAUUAUACAUGUAGGUUUGUAUCUGUUACUUUCCCCAAACAGACAAGUAGACUCAGUGAAGAUUCUUUAGAUAGGGUACUUUAUUCUGGAAAAUAGGAUUUUAAGUUGUCAAAGAAAUCCCAAUAAACAAAAAUGACAUUAUUAAAAUAUAUUCACUGGUACACACAAUAGUCCUAAAUCACAUAUGCACUAAGACUUUUGGCUAGGAACUGUAGUGACAUGUGCCUACCUGUUUAAAUAUCUGACUUCUGACCAGGGAUAGUAACAUUAAAAGUAAUAAAAACACAUGGUUACAUAUCCAUCCUUCUGUCUGUUAUACAUGCUGGGGUAUUGCGAGCAUUGAAUUCAGUUGUGUCCAUACAUCUAUUUGUCCAUCUGUCCCACAUACAGUUAUUCUGUAUUUUGUUUUUAAAAUGUCUGAAAAUAUUGAGCUCAUAUCUUUUGUAUAGCUUUAUCAAGUAAAAUUGUAGGUCAAGUUGGCCCAUUUUUGACAGAGUACAUGUGUAUGGUCAGAUCACGUUGUACAUUCAUGAAAAUGUAUUCAAGGGUCAUAACUCUGUCAAAAUGGAUCAAUUUAUGUUAUGGCCCUUGAACUUAACAGAUACGAAAAUUUGUUGGCCCCAUCAGAGGAUAGUAUAUUGCUUUAGCAGUUGAUAAUAAAGAAAUGAAAAUUGCAUUGAACAAGUAAUCCCAAAAACUUUGCUGGGUUUUAAAAAUUGGGGAUUAUUUUGAACUUUUCAGAAAAGAAACAAUGACUGGAGUGGGUUUUUUGUUUGUGCAAAUAUCAGGAAUUGUAGAAAAAUAUGGAGUUUUUUCAUACCAUGUGAUAAGAAGGUUAAUCAUGUUGACUUCAAAAUGACUUGAAGAAAUGUUUUGUUUUUACAUAAUGAUAGGAAGGUCAAUCAUGUUGACUGUGAAGUGACUGUAAGAACCUUUGUUUUUACAUUUCAGAUGUUUUGGCUGUAAUGUAUUCUUACUGGUUGAAAAAAACAAGCUUGUUUGUGUAAUCACUAUUAUAAAAUCUGGACAAAUCAGGAUUUCGUGCAAUAUAUAAAAUGAACAUACAUGUAUAUAAAUAUUUAUUUUGAUAUUUUUAUACCAAUAAUAUUCAGAAUUUAUAAAUAAAUAGAUUAUGUACAAUG